CGAUGCACGCGGCGCUCUGUUGAGCUGGUCUGCGCGCGGGGCGCACGGGCACGCGCAGGGAAAGGAGUGGGACUGGGAGCAGCUGUGGCAAAUGUUCCAACACUGCACUCAUCUCGAAAGAAAGGAGAAAGUUUGGCAGAAGGAACGGCCAUAACGCGUUCCCCGAGUGGAAAUGAAGAAAGAGAGGAGUGUCGGAUACUAGAAGGCAACUGCGGACCGUGUCAGAGAACAGCUCGGGGCCUUUUCUGGAACUCUUUGGAAACAAAAUAACAGCCCAGAAAAAAGCCUGGCGCACACACUCACAAUAAAACCACACAUUCCCGUCAAGUGGACUGCUAGCAAGAACUGGCGCUGCGGCAACACACCGACUGAUUACUCAACUUAUUCUGGCGUUUUUACUUUACGUUAUUUCAUAUUCGUCUCAUUUUCCCCGUCUAAACUCGAAACUCAGGAAACAAUGAAGACAUAACUCAUCCAGUGUACCGUCAGCUAGCUUUGGCUAGCUAGCUAGCUAUCGUGUGUGGACUAGCCAGCGCUAGCUAGCUAACGGGAGGCGUGCGGUGUUUACCGAGAAAGUUUUGGGCGACGCUUUAGAGAUUAGAGGAGCGUUUUGAAUAAAGGAAGAAGGAGCAGGCUCUCCUCUUGUGUCGCAUUUUAAUGGACGCCGAGGUGCAGAACGAAGGCAGGAGCACAGUGGCAUCGGACGGUCGAGGCCCCGAAUCGACCCAGUUUCCGUUUUAUGCCAAACCGACUCGAGUGCGGGUGAGUGAGCUGUGCCAAGCCGCUGCGCAGAGCUACCGGCCACCGUCCGCCCCGUCCCCUGACGGCCUGAGCAGCGCGAUGAUCUACCCUGUUGCCGGAGAAGAGCUCACUCGAGCCGGGUCAAGCUCAGGACCAGGCGGAGGCUGCUGUUCCCCGGGCUCAGAGGGACCCGAGAGCCGCACGUCUCCCAGCUCGGCGGCUCCGGACGGGCCUUCAGGCUUCCCGCCGCUUCCGCCGCCGCCGCCGUUUUUUCCCGGUUCCGGAGUUCACGGCAGCGUGGACGAGAGCGACCAACAGGACGGAGCGGAGUACGAGGAAGAGGAGGCUGUGUUUUCCCUCUCCGCACCACCCACUAACCAAUGGUACCAUGGGAAGCUGGACCGGACCAUUGCAGAGGAGCGGCUGCGCAAGGCCAGGACACCGGGCAGCUACCUGAUCAGGGAGAGCGACCGGAGGCCCGGCUCCUUCGUGCUCUCCUUCCUCAGCAAGACCAGUGUGGUCAACCACUUCAGGAUCAUUGCCAUGUGUGGGGAUUAUUACAUUGGUGGGAGACGGUUCUCAUCCCUCUCAGACCUCAUUGGUUAUUACAGCUAUGUGUCUUGCCUACUGAAAGGUGAAAAGCUGCUAUCACCAGUGGCUCCACCAGAGCCUGUGGAGGACAGGAGAAGAGUGAGAGCCAUCCUUCCAUACACCAAAGUGCCAGAUACAGAUGAGAUCAGUUUCCUCAAAGGAGACAUGUUUAUUGUUCACAAUGAACAUGAAGAUGGCUGGAUGUGGGUGACCAAUGUCAGAACGGAGGAACAGGGCCUUAUAGUGGAUGAUCUGGUGGAGGAGGUGGGACGAGAAGAGGAUCCCCAUGAGGGCAAAAUCUGGUACCAUGGGAAAAUCAGCAAACAAGAGGCAUACAAUCUGUUGAUGACAGCAGGCCAGGUGUGCAGCUUUCUGGUGCGGCCGUCGGACAGCACACCGGGAGACUACUCACUUUUCUUCCGCACUAAUGAGAACAUCCAAAGGUUCAAGAUCUGCCCCACCCCCAAUAACCAGUACAUGAUGGGUGGCAGGUAUUACAACAGUGUUGAUGAUAUCAUCGAACAUUACAGAAAAGAACAGAUUGUAGAAGGCUAUAACCUGAAAGAUCCAGUCUCAAAUCAGCAACAAGAACAAGUACUCUGUAAUGCCGUCGACGAGAAUCGAGAAAUUUACAAAACUAUUCGGCGAAAAACGAAAGAUGCGUUCUACAAAAACAUUGUCAAGAAAGGAUACCUCCUGAUUAACAAAGGCAAAGGAAAACGCUGGAAGAAUCUGUACUUCAUCCUGGAGGGCAACGAUGCUCAACUUAUCUACUUUGAGAGCGAGAAGCGAGCCACCAAACCCAAAGGGCUGAUCGACCUCAGUGUGUCCUCAGUGUACUGUGUGCACGACAGUCUGUUUGGCAGGCCAAACUGUUUCCAGAUUGUGAUUCAGCACUUUAGUGAAGAGCAGUGCAUUUUCUACUUUGCGGGAGACACACCUGAGCAGGCCCAGGACUGGAUGAAAUGCCUACAAACCUUCUGCAGUAACUUAAGGAAGCCUGCACAGGCCACUUCCAACAAGCGUCUACGUCAGGUGAGCAGCUUAGUGCUUUAUGUGGAAGAGGCCCACAAACUUCCCAUCAAACAUUUCACGAACCCAUACUGCAACAUCUACUUGAACAGCGUCCAUGUAGCCAGGACUCACCCGAGAGAUGGCCAGAACCCAGUCUUCACAGAGGAGUUCAUCUUUGAUGACUUAUCCAGUGAAAUCAACCGAUUUGAAAUCAGCCUAAGCAACAAAACUAAGAAGAGCAAAGAAAGUGAUAUUUUGUUCAUGCGUUGCCUUCUGAGCCGGUUGCAGAGGGGCCAGAUGAUAGACGAGUGGUUCCCAUUGAGCUCUCACGUGCCUCUGAAGGGAAUUGAGCCGGGCUCCUUGCGUGUGCGAGCACGCUAUUCCAUGGAGAAAAUCAUGCCAGAGGAGGAGUACAACGAAUUCAAAGAAGUGAUUCUACAAAGAGAUUUCCAUGUGAUCUAUGCACUGGCUCAUGUAUGUGGGCAGGACCGCACUCUACUGGCCAGCAUCCUGCUCAGGAUCUUCAGACACGAGAAAGCUGAGGCUCCACUACUCAGGACUCUCAAUGACAGAGAGAUUAACAUGGAAGAUGAAGCCACCACUCUGUUCCGUGCCACCACCCUGGCCAGCACACUGAUGGAGCAGUACAUGAAGGCUACAGCCACGCCCUUCGUCCAUCACGCCCUCAAAGACACCAUUCUUAAGAUUAUGGAGAGCAAGCAGUCCUGCGAGCUAAACCCAUCUAAACUGGAGAAGAAUGAGGAUGUAAAUCUGAACCUGACCAACCUGCUCACCAUCCUGUCUGAGCUGGUUGAGAAGAUCUUCAUGGCUGCUGAGAUCUUGCCUCCAACUUUGAGGUUUAUAUACGGGUGCCUGCAGAAGUCCGUGCAGCAGAAAUGGCCCACUAACACUACAAUGCGGACCAGAGUUGUGAGUGGUUUUGUCUUCCUGCGAUUGAUCUGCCCUGCCAUUCUCAACCCCAGGAUGUUCAACAUCAUCUCUGAUCCUCCUUCUCCGACGGCAGCCAGAACACUCACACUUGUGGCCAAGUCAGUACAGAACCUGGCCAAUCUGGUGGAGUUUGGGGCCAAGGAGCCCUACAUGGAAGGAGUGAAUCCAUUCAUAAAGAAUAACAAACAACGCAUGAUCAUGUUUCUGGAUGAGUUGGGGAAUGUCCCUGACUUGCCUGAUGCUCCAGAGCACUUUAGGACUGAUCUGUCCCGAGACCUUGCUGCCCUGCAUGAGAUCUGUGCUGCUCACUCAGAUGAACUCCGCACCUUGAGCAACGAGAGAGGAGCACAGCAGCACGUGCUGAAAAAGCUGCUGGCCAUCACAGAGCUCCUCCAGCAGAAACAGGUGCACUACGCCAUGUCCAACAGCAACAGACCUGAAUGUACCAUCAUGGCUGCUACAAUUCAGGUGCUCUGAAGAACAUCCACUGCGCACGAGUUUAUAAUGAAGACAUUUCCAUUAUUGAAGAGGCAGGGUACAGUCUACUAUCUUUUUUUUAAAAAUUCAAACAUGAUUAAUUGUUGCUGAACCUCAAUCAGGGUGAAAUGCUUUAGGGACUCUAUUCAGGAGCAGUGAAAUCCUCUGAGCUUUGAGGAACUACAUUAUUUUCCAGCCUCCACUGGAGAUUUUUUCAGCAAUCCCUUAAGAAAUAUGCUGAGCUCUGGAAAUUCAGCCAGGGAACAAGCACCUGAACUACAAGCCUUAAGAAACCUGCACUCAAAAGCCACUGUGUAAACCUCUUCCUACGAGUUGUCCUGAUAAAGAGAGCGCUGAUCCUAUCGUACCUCCUCCUGAGCAGCUUUCCUCGAUGAAAUGCUUCACCUCGGCUUUUAUCUCCAAACCAGGCAUCUGUCUGCUGGAUGAGCAGUUUGCUGAGACGGAUAAAACUUUCGAAAGGACAGAUAGAGAAGUUGUCGUUCCUCUGUGCAUGUGUUUACAUUUGAUAAACUGCCCCUGCGUUUUCACACCUAAUCUGGAUCACAUCACAUUCUGUCGCUGCCGUCCCAAAGGAAUGCAAUACUGACUGGGUGUGAUACUUCAACCCCAGCACCCAGUGCUAACCAGUUCAUGGACUUCUAUUUAAUCAGUAGAAGAGUGUUUGAUUUAUGCAAGAAAUUACAUUACUAUACAUUUUGUAACACCUCUGUAUGCUUCCUGACAUCUUGUUUGUAAAUAUUGUGAUGAUCAACUGUUUAGAAACAGCUUUGCCAAUGAGUCAAAUCAUUUGUGAUUUGUCCAGUUUGAUUUGUACUCUGAGAAAAUUAACUUCUGCUCAAUUAGCCAGGUACUUAUCUCCACAAACAUGAGAUUUCACUAUAUACCAAAAUGUUUGACUAAACGUACAGUAGUUUUUAGCUGUGUUCAUCUGUGAUCGGACCUUAGAAACAGCAUGACGCUGAUCUAUUAUGUCUCCCUUGAAUUUCUGAAAGCUUAUGGAUUUUUUUUUUUUUUUAUUUUUCUACCUGAUGAACAAAGCUACAACUUUUGCAUCUAGGAUACAAGAGAAAAAGUGACUGACCAGGCUGAAUAAAACUGUUUGUAUUAUCAUGUUUUGGGC